GAUCAAGACUAAGAGAACACAUGUGUUGCGUGUGAGUAGUGGUGUCUGAUGAGUCUUCCUCUGCAUCGCUCCACCACCUGCUCCGCUUUCCACAGCGCAUAAGAGCGCACCUGGGGUCAAGACCACCUGGAGGCUGACGUUAUCCUGAGCCAACGCAUGAUGAAGGCAUCAGGCGAUAAACAGUGCACACGUGGGACUGAGUCACUGAGUAAACACAGUGCAGUGGGCCGCGGGUGGCGCGAAGCAGUGCGCUCUGGUGGCGAGGGGACAAAACUAUAAAGAUGGUAAAACUACCAACCAGGAAGCUCAACAAGAAGAACAGAGGCCCUGCUGCUGCUAGCCGGCUGGGUGUAUCCAAGCCACGGCCAAAGAAAAAUCUCAAGAAGGGCAUCAAGAAAGAUACCCCUUCAGGUUCUGUUCCCAAGCCCACAAAAACUGCAGAUUCUAAAACUAAACCAAAGAAAAAUUUCAAGAAUAGCAUCAAGAAAGAUAACUCUUCAGGUUCAGCUCCCAAGCCCACAAAAACCACAGAUUCUAAAACCCAACCAACCUUAAAGGCAAAGAAAAAUCUCAAGAAUGGCAUCAAGAAAGAUAACUCUUCAAGUUCUGUUCCCAAGCUCACAAAAACCACAGAUUCUAAAACCCAACCAACCCUAAGGGCAAAGAAAAAUCUCAAGAAUGGCAUCAAGAAAAAUAACCCUUCAGGUUCUGUUCCCAAGCCUACAAAAACCACAGAUUCUAAAACCCAACUAACUCAAGUAAAAAAGAAGGAGAAUGAAGGACGUCCACAGUCUAAAAUCAGAAACCAGAAGAAAACAAAAGGAGGGAAGGCAAAGCAAAAUAUUGCAAAGAAACCUAAACUCUCUGUGAAACGCAUUGGGAGGGCAGCAAAGAAGGACCAGAAGCUGAUGAAAAGGUUUGCCAAUAAUGUGAAAGAAGCUCCUAAAAACAAGGUUACAAAGGUUGAUCCUGCACAACUGAUCAGCCUUGAACUGGUGCAGGCAGCUGUCAGCGGGUUGAGGAAACUUCCAUCAUUUGGGAAGACUGAAAGGAAGAGCUUACAUGAUAUAACCGAUGUAGAUGAACGUUUUGUCUACUUACAAGUCACUCUGUGCAAGCUUCCCAAUGUUACAGACGACUUUCAUCUCACUAGACCAGCUACAGUCAGUGUGUACCUUCCUAACAGCCUGGUGACAGACAACACAGAUGUUAUUCUCAUCACCAAAGACUUGCAGAGAGGCAUCAAAAAGGAUCACCAGAACUCCCUGAACUACUUCAAGGAACUGUUGCGCAUCAAGGAGGCCACUUCCUUAAUCAAUGAGAUCAUCCCCCUUCGUCAAUUGAAGGUUGAGUACAGGGAGUUCGAAGCCAAGAGACUCCUUGCCAACCGUACAGACAUGUUGCUUUGUGACGAUACUGUGAUGAGAUUUAUCCCCAAAUUCCUAACCAAACACUUCUUCACUAAGAAAAAGUUGCCAGUGCAGGUGAACCUCAAGGCAAAGGACCUACAGAAGGAAAUACUACAUGCACUCUCAGUGUCCAAAAUUUUUUUCAGUAUGAGGGGGAACUCUCAUCUCAUGAAGAUUGGUCGCAUGAGUCAGACAGAUGAUGAGAUUCAGCAGAAUGUAUUAGCGGCUGUACAGAAGCUUGCCAGCCAUGCCCCAGGGGAGUGGGGUAAUAUCCAGAGCUUGAAUCUCAAACUGGAGGGGACAAUAUCCAUCCCUCUUUAUGUCAAGAUAGACUCACUGAACAAGGUGAAGGCAGUAGCAGCACAACCACUGUUCCCUGGUAGCCCUGUGUCUGGCACCCUCACCACACAGCCUGGAAGGUGCAUCACUGUCUUCCCUGAUGGCAGUGUAACAGUAACUAGUCUUGCCAAGAACCGCAGCAGACUGGCUGAAGAGAAUGAAACUAAGAAUGAAAUCAAGAAACCUGAAUCCAAAGAUGUCAAGAAAGGUAAAAGAGGAAAGAGGUCAGCCAAAUCAAAAAGUAAGGUAGAAUUACCAGAGACAGAAACAGAAGUGAGCACCACCAAGGAAGAAGCAAAGAAAAAGAAAAAUACUAAGAGGAAAAUGACAGAGAAAACAACCAACAAGGCCAAGAAACAAAAGAAAGUAGAAGGUUCAGACUCAGACUCUGAGGAGGAUGACUUGGAGGAGCAGGAGAUGACGUACCUCAGACAGCUGAACCAAGAGGAGUCAACAGGUGGCCAGGAGGAAGAUGAAGACUCAGAGGACGUUUGGGCAGACAGUGACAGUGACAUGGAAGACGGUGACUGAACCAAGGCAAGGCAGAAGAAGGCUCAAGAGAGGAAGGAAAAGGGAAAGUUAAAUGGAGGGAAAUGAUGAAAGGAUUUAUUGAUGUAGUGUAUACUUUCACUGAAACCUUAAAAUUUAAAACAACUGUUAAAUGUUAUGGAAUAAUUUUUUAAGUCUUGUAAUGUAAUUUUGAAGAAAUAAACUCAGACUUGA